AUGGGUCGAUUCAACUCGGCGGUGGCCGAGGACUGCGUCACUGUCACGGAGAAGGCACUGAGGGGACGGCUGGGGAUUACAGUGGACCGUGCAGAAAUCUCUGACCGGACAGUAGAGUUCACCUUUGCUGCGAGCAAAGAUCAACUGGGUGAGGUAUCGGCUUCUCUCUUCAAGGAGUUGGUGCGGGCGGCUUGCGGAUCAGAGCAGGGGACGACGAAGGUUGGGGCAGUUGACGUCCUCGUCGAUUCCAGGAGGGAACUUCAACCGGUCCGCUUUGUAGAUGUGGUGCGCGUGCACAACUUUAGGUUUGAAGAGCUGCCGGACGACAGCUCCGCAAUAACUGCGGUGGCGGAGGCCACAUACUUUCGCUACCUGCUGAAGCACUCCGAUGCUCAGGCCUAUGCGGUGACGGAGUUUCCCAAAUGUUUGACCACCAAAGGUGGACUGCGGCGGGAUGUUGUUAUUGCGGGCUACGUGCUUUUCUCCCUCGCCUCAGAUGAGGACAAUGUGAUGAAGCUUCGCGUGUACGUUAAUAACAUUGACGAGGUUCUGGGCUCAAUGUGUACUUCCUCCUUUGCUAACACCGUCCUGCCGAAGUCGUGGGGCGAGCUUGAGCAGCUUGAGCCAAACCACGUUGUAGACUUGCUGGAGGACGCACAGCUGGCAAUAAAUGACUUUUGGACCGACAGUGCACAAGACACUCGGGCUCGUUCGCAGACCAUCUUUUUGAUGACGACGGUUGGCUCUGGGCUACGCGAGUACUUUUCCAAGAAGACCAUCGCGGCGGGAGGUAUCUUUAGCAGUAGCAAAGGUGUCACAGAGAUGGCUUUAAGCUGCUGUGAUGAUUGGGUGAACAUGUGCCAUAAGUUAACCACCAUUGACUGGGGCGCAGUGUGGGGUGGCCACUUUGAGGAUCCGCAGCUUCGAAUUGUGCGCGACCGGCUGCGUGUCGUCGCCUCUCUUCGUGACUUGGUUGACGAGAUUAUGGAGUUGCUGAUUACAUCUGGAGAGCCACAGUCUUUGCGCAGGGAGACGCUGUGGGAGGUGAUGGGGAACAUUGAUGUUUUUAAAACAACGCCCGCGGUGGAGGAGCAGUGGGAUGCCGGCCUGAACGCAUUUUACAGGCGUCUGGAGCCCAUUGAGCACCGAUGCGCCGCCGCCCUACGCGACUUUUUUGGCGAGCGCGGCAACUUGGCCCCGCAGACAAUUCUCAACGAGGUGGUGAAGUUCCGUCAGCUUAUUCGGCGUCAUAUUGUGGCGAAGGAGCUUGUGAGUGAGCGAGAGGCGCUCUUGGCAAAGUUGAAUGAUCGGCUAGAGAGCAUUCGUCUGGAGUUUGAGCACCGCGCAGAGAACACUGAAGAUGACUCCUUCCUUGAGGAGGAGGACCGUCGUUGCCAGACCGGACGUUUUAUGCCGGGUGUGGUGAACAAUAUGAUUUGGCUCCGUCAGCUCCGGGGCCGCGUGGAGGAGAUGAUUAACAUGUGCAAGUCACUGCUUCUGGACCUUCAGAAUGCCAAGGAAUUUGUCCAGGCGGCAGCCACCCUGCUAGAGGAGGUUAGCGACUACGAAACGGAGCUGCGUAAACACUGGACGAUGGAUGUGGAGGACCACAGUCACACCCUCAUGCUGGAUGCCAACGCACCACUGAUGGAGAUUGAUGGGAAUGGUCGUGUGGAGGUGAAUUACCCCGAACGGCUGGUGCAGCUUAUUAGAGAGGUACGCAUCUUUCGGGGCCUGGGCCUUCGCAUUAGUCGUGAAAUUCAGAAAAUGGUGGAUCAGGGCGUUCGUUUUUACCGAAAUGGCGUGUUGUUGAAGCAAAUUGCCAGCACCUACAAUUCCAUGACGAAUGACAUUAUUCCCUGUACGCGUGCCAUGCUGUUGGAACCGGCUUUGACCUUUGAGAACAUCAUCACCGCGAGCGGAGAUCGUCAGUUGACGUGGCGAAACAAAGAAGACGCGGAUCGAUUCAUUGAGAAACUGUCGAGGGCGUCCCAAUCGCUAACUGAUGACAACCGUCGUCUGCAUCGCCUGCACAAGGAGAUUGAGUUUAUUGUGGUGGAGCUCUUCAGCGUGGACCUACUGCGUUCACGUGAGCGGUGGAUGGGAAAGGUUCACGUCAUUCGGGAGAAAAUGGAGGCGUCUGGAUUUAAAAACAUGGAGGCGUGGAAGCUCUUUUGGGACGCGCAGCUCUACAAGGCCAUGGAGUACCAGUAUCAGCUGGGGCUGGAAAGCCUACACGAAUUUGUGACCGAGAUUAAGGCUGACAUUGUGUAUGAUCAAGAGACGGGUUUGGCCGCACUGCGACCCUCGCUGGAGGCUAUCCGUGGACAGUACUAUCAACGCAUCAAGGAUUUUAUGACAUUUCCGCUGCGAUUUCGGGGGUGCGGUGAAAACUUUUUUUUUAAAGAGAUGCCAGCACGCAACGAGCGUGGUAUCGUUGCUGUCAUGCAGCACGCCGCACAGCUUUUUAAGAAGAUUCAACAGGAAUUGAAACGCUUCAACCCUUUACUAGUCAUUGGGCAAUGUGGGAAAGAUGGAAAUCCAUCUCUUGAGACGAUUGUUGGGAUGGCCUUGACUGAGGUGCAGCACUGGGAACAAGGGAUACGCUUGCUUAAGCAAAAGGGCAAGGAAAUCAACGCAGAGGACCUCUUUAUUAAGUGUGGUUGCAUCACACUCUGUACAGCAGGUAUUAAGAGCACCGUUGAAGAUCAUCUGUACAAACUUGCUGAGGUGCUGCGUGUCACGCUUCGGCGCAGCGCCGAGAAACACCUGCAUCGAAUUGAAGUCUAUCUGGAUGCGGUGUCGGAGUCGUUAGACUCCAAGCUGACGAAGAUGGAUGAAAUUGGUGCGGCCAAUGCUCGCCACGUUUACCUGGCAGAACAGCGGCCGGCGAUGGAGGUUGAAUUCUACCACUUCUACAACAAAAACGUGCUGCUGCAAAGCAUGAGCAAUCAUGCAGGUCUUGAGUUUGCUAACACGCGGGAGCGGUGGGACGGUGUGAUGCGUCGCCUCGACACCUACGAGAGUGAGUUAGAGGAGCAGAUGAACCGUCUGAGGAGCGUGGUUGAGGAGUCGGCCAAGACGUGGCAGAAGAAACUGGAACGCUUUGCCAAUCAAUGGCAUGAGCUUAAACCAAAAACGGCGGAUUCACCCAAUGCCUUGCCGUUUGUGAAGGAGCGUCAGGAGCAAUGGGAGGCGCUGGAGGCAGAAGGUAAUGAGUGCGCGCAGCAGUGCAAGUACUUUCAGCUGGAGGAACCUGAUAUGGAGCCGCUACACGACCUUAAACGUGACAUUGAGGAAUAUGCGUUGUUGUGGAGCAUGGUGGGAGCUUUUCAUGAGGAAUUGACGGCAUUACAGGAUGAACCGUGGCUUGUGUUACAGGCGAAGCUGUACCGCUUUGACGACUUUGUGAAGGUUUGGCAUGAAAAACUAAAAGAAAUUCCCACGAAUCUAAUCACCGUUCAGAUUCGUACGCUUCUUGACUCCUGGAGCCGUUGUGCACUUCUUUUUAAGUUUGUUCGCGGCGACGGGUUUACGCCUGGGCACUGGGUGGAGCUGUUUCACCUGCUUGGAACCCCGAACGCCACACAAGACACGCUUAAGUUUGGCGACAUCCUGUCUUGUCACGAGAUGAUUGUGAAACGUGAGAUGGACCUGAGGGAGCUGCAUUCACGCGCUCAGGGGGAGGCGCAGAUUAGAGAGGCCCUCUAUGAUGUACGAUCGUGGGGAACGAAUGCCACCUUUACGCUAUGCCCUCACCCCGAACGUCCCGGCGUGAUGCUCAUUACGGAGUGGAAGGACACGCUCUCCGCCCUCAGCGACAACCGGGCGUUGCUGUUGAGUAUGAAGGAGUCUCCGUACUUUAGCAUCUUUGCCAGUGACGCCAACAAGUGGGAGGAGCGAUUGGCGUGCCUCGACGAGUACCUUCGCAGCAUGAACCAAAUUCAGCGCAAAUGGGUGUAUUUGGAACCUAUUUUUCGGCGUGGGGCGCUGCCACAGGAGCAGGAGCGGUUCGCGCGCAUUGAUAAGGAGUACCUGCAGGUGAUGAGCGCCAUUGCGAAGGACCGUCGUCUUGUCUCUCUAGCAUCCCACAAGGAACACAAGGAGGUACUGCGCAACGUUUUAGAGCAACUCGAUCGCUGCCAGCGGGCACUCAACCAGUACCUUGAGGCAAAGCGAGACAGUUUCCCUCGCUUUUACUUUAUUAGUGACGACGACCUACUUGAAAUUCUUGCCCAAAGCCGCAACCCGCUUGUAAUUCAAUCGCAUCUGAAGAAGCUUUUCAUGGGUAUCCACAGCGUCCGUUUUGACACUCAGAAGGAGCAUAUCUUGCAGAUUCAUUCACUGGAGGGAGAGACGGUGCCACUGGAGCAGCCAGUGCACAUCACGGAUGAGGUGGAGGAGUGGCUAUGUAAAUUAGAUGUUGAGAUGAAGGAUACACUUCGGGUACAGUUGGUGCGAUGCCUGGAAAAGCUGGACAUUGGUACGUAUCCCACGCAAAUUCUCUGCACCGCUGCCAUGCUUGACUUCACUAAAAAGACAGAAGCGGCUAUUCGUGAGGCGAGAGCGGGUGGUCUUGCCAAACACAAGGCAAACCUGCAGUCACAACUACGUGACUUAACUGUGUUUGCUGGUAGCAAUAGUGACGUGGUGAUGAGUCUAAAAUUGAAAUCGCUCAUUAUGGAUCUUAUUCACAACAUUGAAGUUGUGCAAACGCUCAUUCAGAACGGUGUUGUAAAAGCAACCGACUGGUUAUGGAGGAAACAACUGCGGUAUUACCUAGAUUACGAGAACAAGUGCGUCUUACGCAUGGUGGACGCGGAGUUUAAGUAUAGCUAUGAGUAUCAGGGCAAUGCCCCAAAGCUUGUACACACACCCCUAACUGACCGCUGCUACCUGACCCUGACACAGGGUAUGCAGCUGGGCUACGGCGGCAACCCCUACGGCCCCGCAGGCACGGGUAAAACGGAGUCCGUCAAAGCUCUUGGAAACGCAAUGGGACGGCAAGUGUUGGUAUUCAACUGUGAUGAGGGUAUCGAUUUUAAAUCGAUGGGCCGGAUUUUCACAGGCUUGGUUAAAUGUGGUGCCUGGGGCUGUUUUGACGAGUUUAACCGGCUGAAGGUAGACCAGCUGUCGGCGGUGUCGCAGAUGAUUCAGGUGAUUCAGGAGUCUCUCAAGAAUGGGGAGUCCCGCUGCAACUUGCUGGGGCGUGACAUUGACGUUGACCCCAAUGCUGGUAUAUUUGUGACAAUGAACCCUGCGGGGAAGCGUUACGGUGGGCGCAGCAAGCUCCCGGACAACCUCAAACAGUUGUUUCGCUCUGUCGCCAUGAGUGCUCCCGACAACGAACUCAUCAUGGAGACCAUACUAUUUAGUGAAGGAUUUGAGAAUGCCACGGAGUUGGCUAAGAGAACGGUGGAAAUAUUUAAGCUUGCCGCAGGUCUCUUGUCCCAACAGCAACACUACGAUUGGGGUCUCCGUGCGAUGAAGUCCGUGAUGCGGCUUGGGGGUUCCCUGAUUCAUCAGUACUUGAUGGACCGUGUUGGAGGCAAACUGCGGCCAACCCCGGAGGAGGUGUUGGAAAAGGAGUGUGAAAUUUUGAUUAAAUCGCUUCGCGUCAACACGCUCUCCAAACUCACCUUUGACGAUGCGAUUCUUUUUAAUAAUCUUGUUGCGGACGUUUUUCCAGGCGUCCCUAUCAAAGAAAUUGACUACGCUGAUCUGCAUCCCGCCAUUGUGGAGUCGGUGAAGGAGUUAAAGUUGCAGCUUGUGGAGUCGCAGGUACAAAAAAUUCUUCAACUGUACGAGGCUCUGAAGCAGCGUAUGGGAGUUGUGUUGGUUGGCCCUGGUGGUAGUGGGAAGAGUACACUCCUGCGUGUGCUUCGACGAGCGUUGCAGCGACUGGGGGUUUCUGUCCCGCUGUACGUGAUGAAUCCCAAGGCGAUGCCACGCACGCAGUUGCUGGGCCACAUGGACAAUGACACCCGUGAGUGGUUUGACGGCGUUCUCACAGAGGCGGCAAAGAAAGUUGUGAAGGAGGAGAAUGAUGUGCGUUCGUGGAUUGUCUGUGAUGGGGAUGUGGACCCAGAAUGGGUGGAAUCGCUAAACUCCGUGCUGGACGACAACAAACUUUUGACGAUGCCAAAUGGGGUACGCAUUCAGUUUGGCGAGAACGUGAACUUUUUGUUUGAGGCACACAGCCUUGCUUUUGCCUCCCCGGCUACGGUCUCGCGUAUGGGCAUCAUCUACCUUUCAGAAGAGGAUGUGAACCCGAAGACGAUGGUUGCUUCCUGGCUCCUGGAGCAACCCGAGGAGUCGCGCAAUGAGCUUCGGGGCUGGAUAGACGAGUUCUUCUACAGGGCGAUUAAUAAUCUCGUGGCGACCGGCAACCUCAUCGUUGAAACGACGCGCACAGGCCUUGUAGCCUCUGGCCUCAGCCAGCUGCAGCACUGCAGCAACAAGGCCCAGUUUACCCUGGCGCUCAUCUACGGACUUGGGUCGUACCUUCCCGAGGAGAAUCGUCGUGAGUACGCGAGGGAUAUUCACCACAUGACAGGAGAGCGUGCGUUGAAUGUAAAGAAUCCUCUGGACAUCUGCUACGAUCCUCAGCAUGGCUGCUACAGAAGUUUUGAAUUCCAGCCUGCAUUUGACCUCACGGUGGAGGACCUUUACCGGCACCCGAUGAUUGCCACUGUUGAGUGUCAGCGCAAUAUGGAAAUCAUGCGGGCGUGGACGAAGCCGCUCCGUCCUGGUGUGUAUCGUCCCUUUAUCCUUGUUGGUCCAGAGGGCUGUGGUAAGACGAUGUUGCUUACCAAUUUAUUUGCGGGGAUCGUUAACACCCGUGUGGCGACGGUGAACUGCUCAGCUCAGACGGAGGGUAUUCACCUCAUUCAAAAAUUAAAGCAAACGUGUCAAAUGUUUAAUACUAACCAAGGACGCGUGCUGCGACCGAAGGAUGCGGAACGUCUUGUAUUACUGUUGAAGGACAUGAAUCUGCCCAAGCCUGACAAGUACGGAACGGUGCAGCUGCAUUCCCUGCUGCAGCAAAUUAUCCUCUACAGUGGUUUUUACGAUACUGAUCUGGAGUGGAUAACCGUCGAGCGUGUGCAAAUUGUUGGUAGCAUGAAUCCGCCUGGUAGCAUGGGUCGGUAUCCCGUUGCACCGCGUUUUCUUGCCAUUGUAUCGGUGCUUUGCAUGUCGUAUCCUUCUCGGGAAUCUAUGCAGACCAUUUACACUGAGUUUUUAAACAUUAUGAUUCAAAGCCACAGGCUUAAGUUUGAGCUGCCUAGAAAAGGUGCGUCCGAUAUUGCACGCAUCAUGACAACGGUUUACGAGAUUACUGCCACUCGCUGUACGGUGGACAUGGCCUCGCAUUACAUCUUUAGCCCACGCGACGUCACGACGUGGGCGCUGAAUUUACUCAACUACAACUCAGUAGAUAUCCCAGACGCCAUUGGCUACGAGGGACGUCGCAUUUUUGUAGACCGCCUCAUUUCCCCUGAGGAGCGGACAAAGUAUGCCAAGUUGAUUUACGACAAUUUGCUCUUUCUGGUUGGACACCGAUCGGGGAUCACUGAAAAGGAGACGAUUUACUACGUUUCCUGGAUGGAUGCCACCGCGUCAAGGGUAAAAAAACUCUUCUCAACAAGCAUGGAAGAUCUUAGGACCUCGGCGGGUCAGAUGCUUCUGACUUACUCUAGAGAGUUUACUGAGUUGGAUGUGCAACUGAUUCCGGAGGUCUGUGCCUGGAUUGCGCGCGUGGAUCGUGUGUUGUCGCAGGAACGGGGAAAUUUGCUGCUUGUUGGACGCUCCGGCAUGUGCGAUAGGGCCAUUAUUCGCCUGGUCGCCUACAGUCUCCGUAUGGAGGUGAUGACCUUGUCGAUUACGCGGGAAUACGGGAUGAAGCAGUUUAACGCGGAGCUUAAGUCCGUGCUAUGUAAGGUUGGUAUUGAGUGUCAGCAUGUUGUGCUGCUGCUGGAAGAUCACCAUUUUAGUCAUAACCCGCUCUUCUUGGAAUGCGUCAACUCGUUGCUCUCGUCAGGCGAGAUUCCUGGCUUGUUUACACAGGAGGAGCAGGACGCUCUACUUGGUCCGCUGCGAGAGGAGGCGCUUGGGGAAGGCAUGAGCCCGUACGCCUACUUUGUGGAUCGCAUUACCCGCAUGCUGCACGUGUGUGUUGUGAUGGACCCGACAAACCCAAACUACGAGCUGCGGUGCCGCUCCAAUCCUGCCCUUUUCACCCACUGCAACGUCUACUGGAUGGGAACUUGGUACAGCGACAGCCUUAAGUUGAUCCCGCGACUGAUGAUGCCUGACGUCUACAAGGCGCUUGACUCCCGUGAGGACAGGAAAGACUUUAGCCUUACAACAGAGAUUGUGCACGUCCACCGCGGCUUUGCAGAGAAGUUUUCCCCGCAGCACUUUAAAAUCCUCUGUCUCACAUACCAACGCAUCUUCAACGAGAAGAGCAGUGCCAUAGCGGAGGGUCUUGCUCGUUUGCAUUCUGGCGUCUCAAAGCUGGACGAGGCGAAGGAGAAUGUGGAUCAAAUUGCUACGGACGUGGCGGAGAAGAAGAUACAGAUGGAGGCCAAGCAGCGGGAGGCGGACGAGGCUCUGCAGCAGAUUCAGGCAAAUAUGGAGGAGGCCGGGGAUCAGAAGAAAAACAUCCAAAACAUUCAGAAGAGCCUGGAGAAGGAGCAGAGCGCUAUUGAGGAACGCAAACGCGUGAUCGAGGAACGUCUCAACAGUAUUCAACCAACGCUGGAUGCCGCCCUCUCCUCGGUGCGCACCAUUCGCCCGGAACACCUCUCCGAGCUGAAGUCGAUGAAGCAGCCCCCUGCUGUCGUUCAGGAUGUACUGGAGGGGGUCGUUAUUCUUAUUGCGGGCAAUUCUGUGCCGGAAAUCAACUGGGCGGCCAUUCGCAAAGUCCUCGCCGGCGACAUCAAGAAUGACAUUCUCAAUCUUGACCUCAAUAACGUGAACGAGAUGUCCCGUGGGAAGCUGGAGCGUUUUAUUCAAGUUCACGAGAACUCCUUCCGGCGCGAUGUAAUUGGCCGCGCCUCAAAAGCUGCCGCACCCAUGGCAGAAUGGCUCAAGGCUGUGGUGGAAUACAGCAAAGUGCUUCAGACGGUGGCCCCCAUGCGAGAUGAGCUUCAGGGCUACGAAGCUAACCUGCGUAGUGGCAACGAGAAAAAGAAGAAGUAUGAGGUGAAACUCUCCAGAGUGGAGGAACACGUGGAGGAGCUCAAGAAAAGUUUUGGGGAGAAGACGACGGAGGCGGAACGGUUAAAAGAGAGUUUAGAGCAGGCGGAGCGUUUGUACCAGAGUGCACACGACCUUCUUUCGAAGCUUGCGAAUGAACAUGCCAGAUGGGCGACGCAAAGUAAAGCCAUUCAAGCUGACCAAUAUCUGCUUCCAAAGCGUUGCCUGCUCGCGGCGGCGUUUGUACUGUACCUGGGCAACGAGGCGGAGGAUGUUCGACGACGCACAUUGGAUGGGUGGAAGGAACGCAUAGGACAACUCGAGGAUUUUAACUUUUUUACCUUCCUACGGCCAGAGAGCAUGCAGCUACGCUAUAAGGCAGAAGGGCUCCCCGGUGACGAACUUUCAAUGGACAAUGCUGUCAUCAUGCAGGAGCAGGUGACCACGCCACUUAUCAUUGAUAGCUCUGACCAGGCUGUCAGCUGGCUGUUAAGUAAUCUAAAGGGGCGCGGGAUCACCGUGGAUGUUUGCAGCGUCUCCGAUGAGCAUCUUGUGUCGGCGCUGGAGUUGGCCCUUCGCUUUGGUAAAAGUUUUGUUAUUACGGAUGUGGACCACAUUGAUUCCUUUAUGUAUCCACUAUUUCGCAGGGAGCUGCGAACGGAAGGUUCGAAGCGGGUUAUUCAAAUUGGUGAUCGUCGCACCGUAGACUACAGUGAUGGGUUUCAGCUUUACCUUGUGACACCUUCCACGGACCUUCGAAUUCCGCCAGAUGUGCUGAGCUACUUGACUCCAAUCAACUUCUCCAUUACGCUAAGCGGGCUCGAGGGACAGUUUCUGGGGACAACCAUCCAGCACGAGCAGCCGGAGCUAGAGAAGGAGAAGCUGGAGGUGCUUCAGAAGGAGGAGAAGCUGAAGCUGCAGCUAUCGAGCCUGGAGGAGGCGCUGUUGAACGACCUGGCCAACUCCAAGGGGUCAUUGCUGGAGAAUAAGACAUUGAUUGACUCUCUCAAUGAAAUCAAGACACAGGCUGCCGAGAUAAGUGAGGCGCUUGAAAAGUCUAAGGCGGUGCAGGAGGAGAUUGAUACGAAGCGCAACGUCUACCGGCCGUUUGCCACAACCUCCAGUCAAGCCUUCUUUAUUGUAAAGAGUCUUAAGGGCCUAUCCCACAUGUAUCAGUUCUCCUUUAACUUUUUUAUGGGGAUAUUUCGUGAGACGCUGCAACGACACGCCGAGGAUCACACCGAUGCGGAUACCAAAAUUAAGGCGUUAACGACCACGUUUGUUCGUCUUGUUGUUUACUCCGUGUCCAUUUCCCUGCUUAAGGAGCACCGUCCAAUUUUUGGUAUCUAUCUCGCCCGCUCCUUACACCCAGAGGAGUGCACACCUGCUGAGUGGGAUUUCUUUCUUGACAGGGCAAUUGCUCCUGAGGCGGAGAAGAAGGAGGUUCAGAUUCCCAGUUGGGUGCUUCCUGACAGCCGUGACCUGUUCCGCUCCUUUGUUGUACUUUUCCGUGAUCUGGUGCCUAAAAUGAAUCUCCACGAGGCGGAUGUGUGGCUGCAGUGGAUGCGGUCGACGACGCCGGAGACGGCGUACCCAGACUUCCUUAUGAAGCUGACACAAUUUCAGCGUCUUCUUGUCGUUAAGACGCUUCGUGGUGAUCGCCUAAUUGCAGCUGUGAGCAGAGUUGCAUGCAAGCUGCUUUCUGUGAAGUCAUGGGGGGAUAACAGGACACUCGCCUCCUUUAUUAGGCGUACGGAGGCGAGUACACCCGUACUGUUGAUCACAACUGCGGGCGCUGAUCCAUCGCAAAGUCUUCAAGACCUUGCCUACCAUCAAGUUGGGCGUGAGCGGUUUCAUCAAAUUGCGAUGGGUGGUGGCCAGACGGAUGAGGCAAUUCGGCUUCUUCGGGUUUGCGCCGAGAAGGGCGAUUGGCUGUUCCUCAAGAAUCUGCACCUCGUGAUUCCAUGGGUGUCAGUGCUGCAGAAGGAGUUUAACCUGCUCACCCCGGAUCCGGGCUUUCGACUGUUUCUCACAAGCGAAUCACACGAUGAAUUUCCCUCCAUACUUCUUUCCCAGAGCCUCAAAAUUACCCUUGAGGCCCCGCCUGGUGUUCAACAAAAUCUCUUGCACACCUAUAAAGAAUGGGAGGGUGUCGCCUUGGAGUUGAAGGAAACCCAUCAAAAGGAACUUCUUUUUAUUACCGCUUCAUUUCAUGCCAUUGUGCAGGAGCGGCUCUCCUACGUCCCACAGGGAUGGUCAAAGGUGUAUGAAGUGACCCCCGCCGAUCUCAAGUCCGCUGCUGACAUUGUUUUGCAGCAAACAAAAGCGGAAAUCGACUGGAGGGCUAUUCGAGGCAUCUUGGAGAAUGCCAUCUAUGGUGCUCGUAUGGAGAGUGAAUUUGACCUGCGUAUUCUGCAGGAGUAUACCCGGCACUUCUUUGACCCUGCUGUGCUUGCGGGUGCGAAACAGCAGCGAAGUCUUUUUGCCACGCUGCGGGUGCCGGGAACAGGAAAUCACGUAGACUACGUUCAAGCUAUUUCAGGCCUUCCUGAAAGUGACGUACCGUCCCUUUUUUCACUUCCACCAAACGCCGAUCGUGUUGUGCAACUUUCGAAGGUGCGACAGUUGACGGACGAUCUUCAGCACCUCAAUGAGAUGAAGGCGUCGUCAUCCUUCUCUCGAGAGGAGUGGACAAGCCAGCUGAUGCCGGUGCUGCAGGCAUGGGCUGAAUUGACCCAGCCCCAUUCCAAUCUUUUGACGCUUUCAGCAAUGGAGCCGGCCGAGGCCACGCCCAUUGUUGGGUUUUUGACGGCUGAAAUGGCCUCCUCCCUGCGUCUGGUGUCCUUGGUGGAUGAAUCCAUUGGCGACCUACGCAAGGUGGCGGAAGGUACGGCGCUGCUGAAGGAGGACCGUCGUGCUGAGGCCGCGGCCAUGAUCGCCGGAGAGGUGCCAUCACACUGGGAUGGUUACUUUCACGGUUCCCCGCGCAUUUUGCCAUGGCUACAGUCUCUUCUUCGCCGCGCCACUACAAUUGUGCAGUGGCGCCAAUGGCGAUGA